AUGGCAUGUUCAAAAAUAUUUUCGGGAGAAUUACCCGAAUUAUUGAGCGAAAUUAUACAAUACUUUCGAAAUGAUUUUUCAACAUUACAUUCGUGUAUUUUAGUCAAUAGAUUAUGGUGUCGUUUGGCGAUUCCAUUAUUAUGGGAAAAUCCAUUUUCGAUUAUUCCCAAUAAAAAUUAUUUCUCUAUUGAAUAUCAUAAAAUUCGUUUUAUUGAAACUUAUUUAGUCAUGUUAAAUGAUAAUGAUAAAAUAAAAUUAUAUGAAUUCGGUAUAAACAAUCCACUUCAUUCAAAUAUACUAUUUAAUUAUUCUAGCUUUAUUCAAUAUUUAGAUACACGUUUGGUUGGUGAUUGUAUUGAAAAUUGGGUUUCAUCCGUUAAAAAAAAUGAAAAACCUUCAUAUAUUUUUCUCAAAAUUACACAAAAUUUAGAUUUCAUAAAAUUUGUUUAUAAAUCAUUAAUUAAAAUGUUCAUUGAAAAUGAAGCAGUAUUGCAUACUUUUGACAUUAAGAUUCGUCAAAAAUAUUUUGAUAUUGUUUCUGAAUUAGUUUUACAAAGUUCAAAUUUCAUUUGUAAUAUAAGAAAUUUUUAUCUUGAAUCUUACCUAUAUGAAAAUGAUAAUAUAACCCCUUUAUUAAAAUUUUUAAAUUCUAAUUGUAAUUCAAUUUCAUCGCUCUAUAUUUCAAGUUCAUGUAAUCAUAAAGAUAAUAGUAAACUUAUUGAAUAUUCAUCACAAUUAUCACAAUUAAUUAAAUCACAAAAAAAUCUAAAAAAAAUUUUUUUUCUUUAUGAUUUUCCUCAUUCAACGUUAUUAAAUUCUAAUUGUUUAAACACUUUAAACACUAUUAUAUUAUUUAACAUCGAUUUUAAAAAUAUAAAUUUCUUAAAUGAAAUAUUUGAACAAUUAAAUGUUUUAGAAUCUAUUCACAUUAUUUACUGUCGUUCUCUAGAUUUUAAUUUUAUUCAACAAAUAAUUAAUUUAACUAAACCAUUUAAAUUAAAAUCCUUAUUUGUGAAUAAAAUAUUUGAGUCAAUAGAAUUAUUAUUACAAAAAUCUGGCGAUUAUUUAGAAAAUUUUGGAUUCGGGUCAUUUAAAAUUUAUGAUGAUGAUGAUGAUGAUGAUGAUGAAUCAGAAUCACAACUAAUUGAAUUAAUUACAAAAUAUUGUAAGAAAAUUAGAUUCUUUGAAUUAUAUGAAUUCAAUAUUCAGAAUAUUUAUCCAUCAUUCAAUUUAAUUAAAAAUAUUCAACAAAACCUUAAUUAUCUUACUAUUGAUUUAAAUUAUGAUUUUGGAAUGUGCUUUUGUGAUAGUGAUGCCGAAGUUAGUUCAAUUGUACUUCGAAAUUUAGGACAAAUUCUUCCUCCUAAAUUAGAAUAUUUGAAUAUGUCUCUUGUUAUGAAUACAAAUGAUUUUAUAAUAUUUUUGCAAAAUUCUCAAAAUACUUUUAUCAAGAAAUUAAUAUUUAGUAAUAUAAUAAAUGGAACACGAGAAAAAGUUGGGCAAGAUGAUAUGUUGUAUUAUAUAAAAGAAUAUAUCAUGAAAAAGAGAAGAGUUAAAUACUUUGCUUUUCUAAACCUUUUCACAGAUAAUUAUGAUAAAGAAGAAUUGUAUGAUUUGAAAGAUGAAGUAAAGGAAUUUAAAUUACAUGAUAUAGUAGUCCAAAAUUAUAAUGAUUUGAGAAUUAGUAGAUUUAUCGAAUUUUUAAAAGAAUAUUAG